ACGAAAGCGCACACCAUUUGGAUAGUGCGAUGGGUCAUCUCCAAAUCUACUAUUUGGGUAAUUGUGUGCAAAGCUGCGGGUGCCCUUCAGGGAAUGGACAUACGAAUGCCUUGUGCAGCGAAUGAAACUGGCAGGCCCAGGGACAAAAUAUCCAAUUGCAAAAUGACUGGCGUCGACAGCUGGGGUGCCGAAAGUGGACUGUGCCCAUGGGAGUUUACAACGAAAGGCAUCGCAUCGGCCGGCCAGGGGUAUGAGAGGUGCGCAUAGUUUUUGGGAACAGAUAAUACACUUGCCCCGGAGAGAGGCGGCCGUAUGGAGGGACACCAACUGUGCGUCGUAGUUCUUUGUGCGCUGUUGACUGGACCAAGACGGAUCAGUUGCUGAUAGCAUAGUAUGGAAGAGCGAUGCUGUCAAGAAAGGGACUUCCAGAUGAUUAUUUGCUCACUCGCUUGGCUGAGGAUGUACUACAGCCAAAAUUCAAGGCGGUACAGAGGAAGGCUCGCUUUGUGGAUAAAAACGGGACUUGCAACGUAGCCCACACGAAUAUUCGCGAACAGGGGCGUUUUCUGCAGGAUGUCUUUACUACACUGGUCGAUUUAAAAUGGCUCCACACACUAGUUAUAUUUACUAUGUCAUUUCUGUGCAGUUGGUUUUUGUUUGGAAUGAUCUGGUGGCUCAUAGCCUUCGCGCACGGGGACCUUGACAAGCAAAGUGAAGACUUUGUCCCGUGCGUGACAGAUAUCCGAUCCUUUUCCUCAGCGUUCCUCUUCUCUAUUGAGGUGCAGGUAACCAUCGGUUUCGGUGGACGUAUGAUCACCGAGGAAUGUGUGUCAGCCAUCGUCAUACUGUUAGUUCAGAAUAUCGUAGGACUGGUUAUCAACGCCAUCAUGCUUGGUUGCAUCUUUAUGAAAACAGCUCAAGCCAAAAGACGCGCGGAGACGCUCAUCUUCAGCAAACAUGCCGUUGUGGGUUUUCGUAAUGGCAAACUGUGUUUCAUGGUCCGCAUUGGGGACCUCCGCAAGAGUAUGAUCAUCAGCGCAGCUGUCAGAAUGCAGGUGGUGAGAAAGACCACUACCAGCGAGGGAGAGGUCGUCCCCCUGGACCAAAUAGACAUCCAGAUGGAUAACCCCAUUGGAACGAAUGGCAUCUUCCUGGUGUCUCCACUUAUCAUAUGUCAUGUCAUUGACAAAAACAGUCCCUUGUACGAAAUGUCAGCUGCGGACUUACAAAACGAGGACAUCGAGGUGAUAGUGGUGCUUGAGGGCGUUGUGGAAACCACCGGCAUCACCACACAGGCCCGGACGUCUUACCUGUCUGAGGAGAUUUUGUGGGGUAGGCGAUUCGUGUCAACGGUGAGCGAGGAGGACGGGAUUUACGCGGUGGACUAUUCCAAGUUUGGCAACACGGCAAAGGCGCCUACUCCAACAUGCAGCGCGAAACAGCUCGAGGAAAGGGGAGGUUUGGAGAUGUUUAGACGUCAGGAGCUCGCGCAGGCCAAGGGUUCUGUCAGGAGGAGACGCGUCAAACAGCCCAGUGUCAGUCAAGAGGAAGAAAAGACACAUGCUACGGGCCAAACUACAAACUUAGUCAGUUAGAGGGAGGUAUUGGUAGCCCUAUAGGCCUACUUGAAAGACAAUGUUGUAUUAUGCAAUAAUAUCUAUUGGUCAUAAUUUAGGCCUAUUUGAUGGCUUCUCGGUGUAUUCAACUGGUUACAUUGUUUACUUAAGCUGUACACACAGUAACACCAUCAGUGUAACUACAUAAUGUAGGCCACACACAUAGGCUACUCUUUAUUUUACCAUUAUAACAUAUUAGGACAAUGUAACAUUGUCAGCAAAUUAGCUGCCCAUCCACUUCAUAAUAAAGGUUGCAAGGGCCUGCUUCACAUAUACCCUGAUCCCACUAGAGGUGAGUGUCUUAUCAUUCUUCAUAAUGUUCCCCAAUGUUGAACCAACUGCAUGCACAGUAGGAUAUUAUCUCAGGGUGCUGUAAUGGACUUCGAAACACAUAUGCAAUGCCAUGGGUGGGUAUGGGAUUACACAAUAUUAAAUGCCUGAGCCUUGCAGACAGGCACAGCACUACAUUGCCUUAUUGAUUAUGAAUGACGUUGAGAAGAGUGCAUCUAUUACAUAUGAAUGGACAUUAAAUUGCAUCUUAUGCUGAACA